UGGUUACACAAAGCGUGACGAUAUACGGAAGUAGUUCUGCUUUAAGCUGUGAGCAUUCGAGAAAUCCAAAACAUGGAACAAAAUAAUGACGGGAGUUUGGCCCAGGUCCGGCAUGUUGUGUUGGUGCUGUCAGGGAAGGGAGGUGUGGGCAAGAGCACCAUCACCACGGAGCUAGCUCUGGCUCUCAGGCAUGCUGGCAAGAAGGUUGGCAUCCUGGAUGUUGACCUAUGUGGGCCCAGUAUCCCCCGCAUGCUGAAUGUGGGUCAUACCGAUGUGCACCAGUGUGAUGCAGGAUGGGUGCCUGUCUACACUGAUGCUGAAAAGAGCCUUGCCCUCAUGUCCAUCGGCUUCUUGCUUGAGGACCCAGAUGAAGCAGUGGUGUGGAGGGGGCCCAAGAAAACAGCUAUGAUUGGCCAGUUUGUGUCAGAUGUAGCAUGGGGAGAGCUGGACGUGCUGCUAGUGGACACACCGCCAGGGACGUCUGACGAACAUAUAGCAGUACUGGAGAACCUGAAAAAACACAGAGUUGAUGGAGCCGUUUUGGUCACCACACCUCAGGCAGUGUCCACGGGGGAUGUGAGGAGGGAGAUCACCUUCUGUAAGAAGACAGGUGUACGGAUCCUGGGCAUCGUCGAGAACAUGAGCGGCUUUGUUUGUCCGCACUGCUCGGAGUGCAGCAAUAUAUUCUCAAAAGGAGGUGGUGAAGAGUUAGCCAAGCUGACAGAAUCAAUAUUCCUAGGUUCAGUGCCCUUGGAUCCUGCGCUCAGCACCAGUAUAGAGGAAGGCAAGGACUUCAUACAAUCGUUCCCAGACAGCGCCACCUUCAGUGCCAUCAGCAGCAUUUGUCAGACUCUGCUCGACAGCCUCCAAACUGCUUGAGUAACAUUUUAGCACACGGGUAGAAGUAUUAGACAUGAGCAAAUGUAAUGACGUCUGUGUUGCAUUUAUGUCCUGUACAGUUAAACACAAUAUAAACCUAUUUACUGGCAUUGUUUUCUACCUUGUUUAUAAGACAUAUCUGACAAGAAUAAAGUGCAAGCUUUGCUGUUAUCUUACAGUUCUUGAGGCGUUGACCACAGAGUGAAGAUUACCAGCUCUUGCCGCAGUUGCACAGGAAGUGGUGAACACUGUAGAACAGCAACUCAGCUAAUCUGCUUUACAGCAAAAUGUAGAGACGUCGUUUUGUCAUAAAAAUGCCACAUCAUGCUGCCUGAGUAGGAUUUACAGUGUCACAGCAAAAUGUACAGCACCGUGUUUGGAAGCCAGUCAAAAAUCUAAGUUGGAAUCUUCUUUAAUUCGAUUGUGACACACAUGUCGACACAUCAGGAUAACUUCAAUAUCAGUGGUAAUACAGGAUUGUAGAUUGGCGCUUUAGUAAAUGCGUCAGCAGCAGUUCCACUUUCAGAAAACAAACUCCAGAUCAAAUUGGACCAGUCCUUGCAUGGGGGAAAAACUAGGCCAAACUUGAGCGCUAAUCUCACUGGAUUCCUGCCGCGUGCUACAAACGAUACAAACGAGUCUCCUUGUGUCAUUUUGAUUUGUGUUUUUUAAGAGGACGUUUAACUCUUCUUGAUCUGGAUUAAAUCUUCUGAAACUAGCCUGCUCCUCGGCUUCAUAUCCAACAGCAACAAAACACUGAAACCCAUGCAGGAUCGUAAUGGCUGGAAUGUGGAAGAGAUGAAGUACAGCCACAGAUGAGGAGGAAGAGGAGGCGGGGUGAAUAAGAUGGAGAGGAGAUGGAAGUUUGGAAAUUACACUUGUGAGACCCAUCACGGGGCACACACACCUUUAAUGCAAACAGCAGUACUACAGGAAAAACACUGAAGUUUGAGAAUGUUUGCGUAAUGAUUAGAAUACAGCUACACACAAAACUCCCACUUCACCAGCAACAUACUAAAGGCAAUCUUAAUUAUUAAACCAAGAAUUACAUCCAGAGGAAUUCCAACCACUUAUCACAAUUAACCCACAGUGCAUUAAAUCUAUCUAUGUAGAUAUUUAUGUCUGUAUAUAUGUAUAAUAUAUCCUGGGGAAUUAAAGACUUUUGCUGCAUUAAACAGUUCAAUGAACAAUUUCUUAUAAAUAAAAAUCAGUGGAAAAAAAUCGUAAGUCCAUAUACAUUUCUCUUUACAAAUAGAUCCUCAAGAUUAAUGCAGAAAUUGUGUCAACUCCCGAGUCGAUAAGGGAGGAGAAAAAGCUGUGCGGCCCUUUGGUCAGCUCUCUAAGACCGGAGGCCAAGCUGCCUCAGCUGGCCUCAAGGCCCUGAAAUAAGUGGAGGGAAAAAAAAAGGAAUCUUCUUCAUACAAUUUUUGAAACACACACACACGCACACAAGACAGACAAAUCACUACAUUGCGCAUUUACAAGUUGACUAUCAAAUUGGGA